CUUCAAAUUACUUCUCCCUCCCUUCCUUUUUAACUUAUUCAAUAUAUUAAAAAUAAUUAAUUUUUUUCUUUUACUCGUUCAAGUUUGACUGAAGUUUUGGGAGUUGAGAGUUGCAAGAAGUAAACAUGACCAGUUUUUGUAUAUAUCAGGGACUAUUGUUGUGAAGGGGGCAUAUACAUUUAAUACCAAUUUGAUCAUUUUGUCCUAAGUAGAUCAGAAAUCAUAAAACCCUUCCUUAAUCCCUAACGAAUGACUGCUGUUUGUCUUGUUGAAAAUUAGCAGGAAUGAUUCUUCUUCCUUAUCGCAGAAUUGUACUGAAUAACUCUAACAACUUUGUCAUGGUCUCCAAAUAUUUUCUCCACAAGCCAUUCAUUACUUUCCCAACAAUACACAAGACAAUUCCUGCGACUCAUCUUUUCAGCAUUUGCUUCAAGGCCCAUCUCCCCAAACCGCGGAACUUCAAGCUUCUCAUACAGGCCCCAACGAAUUCCUCCACCAGUUUCUGGGGUAAUGCUGGAAGACCCAAAGGAGGAUAUUGCGGAGUCAGACCACGAGAUGGCACUGAAGCAGAAAUUGAGACAGAUUGGAAUAGAUAUUGGUUCUUGUGGACCAGGCCAGUACAACGGGUUGCUUUGUCCAAUGGUGAGCUCCUAAUUUCUGCUAACCUUUUUUAAAGAAUAUUUUGUGCGAAAGAAAUAGUGUUCAAGAGGGAUGACUUUAUUUUUUAACUAGAAAAACAAUCUCUCUAUUGAGAUGAGCAUGUUACUUUGAUCAGCAAACUGCACUGGACAACUGAUCUGCUAGAAUUUGUCUUGUCUUGGUGUUCUGCGAUGACUAAAUAUUGAAAUCAUAUUGAUUUAUAUCA